GCUCCGUUCUUCUCUCUAUCUCUCCCUCUCUCCUCUUUUCCACUACAAAAACGCACCAUUCGUCUCUCUCUCUCUCAUUCUCUCUCUCUUCAGUUCAAGCCUUCCUUUACUCAAUUCGCAACCGGCGCAGCCACCACCUAUUCCGCCGCUGCCGGAGUAAACAAAGCAAGGAGCAUUUGAAUCUUCAAUAUAUCCUUCUCUCAACCUGCAAUACCACGAAGAGAGGCAGAGUACUGUGCAUAUAAACUUGACUGAUUGAUAGAAUGAUGGAGUUAUCGUCUUCGAUAGCGAAUCCCGAUGUCAACUCCAACCGAUCGCGGAAAAAGCGGAGAAAAAUCGGCGAGUCUGACCAGAAUCAGCCGCAACCUACCGGCGUCGAUGUACUCAGGUGGAGGACCCAGGACGAGCAGCAGAUCUACUCGUCGAAGCUUCUGGAGGCCCUCCGUCAGGUCCGCCGGAGAAAUGAGGCGCCAUCUCCCGCUGUUGCUGGCCGCACUGUUCGGGAGACUGCGGACAAGGUCCUCGCCGUCGCCGCCAAGGGGAAGACACGCUGGAGCAGAGCGAUUCUCACCGGACGGCUUAGUUUGAGACUCAGACAGAUCAACAAAAAGCAUAAGAGAGCCAAGGUGGUAGCCGCCGGCGAUAUCCGGCCGAAGAAACCGGCGACUAAGAAGAGGUUGCCGCCGCUGCAAAGGAAGGCCCGAGUUCUCGGGCGGUUAGUUCCCGGUUGCCGGAAACUCUCGUUCCCGAAUCUUCUAGAAGAAGCUACUGAUUAUAUUGCAGCUCUGGAGAUGCAAGUUAGAGCCAUGAGCGUUCUCACAGGGCUUCUCAACGGUGCCGGAGUCGGACUACCGGCUAAUCCCGACCGGCUUGGCUCAGAACAGUCAUAAGCCUUGGCUAAGUGGCUCGUGACUGCGCUGAGGUGUUAUAUUUUUUAUUUUUAUAUUUUUAGAAUCUUUUGUUAAUAAUUGAGAGUUCUUUUAUUUUCUUGUAUUUUUUAUUUUAUUUUCUUUUAUUUUAUUGUAUACAUAAUCCCUUUUCCACGUUUGAUCUCCCCA